AUGUCAACAACUACAGCAACAGCUGCCGCGGCCACAAGCACUGCGUGUGGAACCUCAGCCCAAUACGAACUCCCUGUUAAAGAUGCCGCAUGCGGUGUUCCCAACUCCGAUGGAUACAAGUCACUCCUUGCCAAAUGCGCGAAACCUGCAGGGGUAACCGCCUAUGACGAUGACUGUGCUCUCUACAGUCUGGCUGUUGACCAGUCAGUCCAAGAGCUCACAGACUGCCUCUACGACGCUGGCGUCGCUUGGAAAGAUGUUUGGUGUUACGGGUCAACCAACGCCACCGCCACUGCUACGUCCUACCCGACUGCAUCUGAGACCUCUUCGUCAAAAACUACAGGCACCAAGGAGUCAUCGACCACAACAUCGAGCUCGGAGUCCGCCACAAGCACAUCUGGAGCAGAUGUCACUUUGCAUCCCGUCCACCUCGGCGUCAAGGCCGUUGUUGUGUUUUCCACUCUCUUUGCGUCGGCAAUUUCUUUCGGAAUGUAA